UGGGGUGGACCCACGCUCAGAACCAAACCGUGGUCAGAGCUGGAAGGAGGCCUUUACCUGGAAAAUGCCUUUUCUGUGACGCCCACUGAAGCUGAAUAAGUGCGUCCGGAAAACAGGAAGUCAUUCAGCCUCAACACCAACGGGAGGAACGAACGACGGCCCAACUUCCCUCUGACAGAGUUCUACCCGACAGAACCAUGUCGACCAACAACGACACCGACACAGGAAGAGGAACCAAAACCUCCAAAGUGUCAAAGGAUCAUAAAAAGCCGACCGCCGCCGCCCUGAAAGGAGCCAUCCAACUGGGAAUUGGGUAUGCAGUGGGAAACCUGAGCUCCAAACCCGACAGAGACGUCCUCAUGCAGGACUUCUCUGUGGUGGAGAGCGUCUUCCUGCCCAGUGAAGGCAGUAACCUGACGCCGGCUCAUCAUUACCCAGACUUCCGACUGAAAACGUACGCUCCGCUGGCCUUCCGCUACUUCAGAGAACUGUUCGGCAUCAAACCAGACGACUACCUGUACUCCAUCUGUAAGGAGCCUCUGAUCGAGUUGUCCAACCCCGGCGCCAGCAGCUCCUGGUUCUACCUCACCAGCGACGACGAGUUCAUCAUCAAAACGGUUCAGCACAAAGAGGCCGAGUUCCUGCAGAAGCUGCUGCCUGGAUACUACAUGAACCUGAACCAGAACCCCAGGACACUGCUGCCCAAGUUCUACGGCCUCUACUGCAUCCAGUGCGGCGGCGUCACCAUCCGCGUGGUCGUCAUGAACAAUGUGCUGCCGCGGGCCAUGAAGAUGCACUACAAGUACGACCUGAAGGGGUCCUCGUACAAACGCCGCGCCUCCAGAAAGGAGCGCUCCAAGGCCUCGCCCACAUUCAAGGACCUGGACUUCCAGGAGAUGCACGAGGGUCUGCUGUUUGACCACGACACCUACAACGCACUGAUGAAGACACUGCAGAGGGACUGUAGAGUCCUGGAGAGUUUUAAGAUCAUGGACUACAGUCUGCUGUUGGGAAUCCACGUUUUGGACCGGAAGCCGCUGAACAGAGGUUACCGCGGCGACAGCAGGAGGGGAGGGAAGGUCCUGUACUCCACGGCCCUGGAGUCCAUCCAGGGGACGGUGAAGGACCCCGAACCGGUGGUGGACGACGACACAUUUGGUGGAAUUCCUGCCAAACAUAAAGAGGAGAACCUGCUGAUCUUUCUGGGACUCAUCGACAUCCUCCAGUCGUACAGGUUCAUCAAGAAGGUCGAACACUCAUGGAAAGCUCUGGUACACGACGGGGACACCGUCUCCGUCCACAGACCCAGCUUCUACGCAGACAGGUUCCUUAAAUUCAUGGGUUCCACCGUCUUCAAGAAGAUCCACCCUCUCAGAGGAGCGUCUUCCAAGAGGAAACGCAGCUCCAUCUACGCCUUAAAGUCGGCCUCUCAGGAGUUCCUGUCCCCGCAGAAGGACGACAAGAAAACGGAUCAGAAGAAGGCCCAGAGUCUGGACCACCUGGACAAAGACAGCAGCUUUUACAGUUCGUCCAAGCAGCCCGAUCUUCUGCCGAGGUCGGUCGUUUCUUUUGAGUCGAACCAAAGUGAUGAAGACGAGCUGGAGAACAGUGAAGACCGACGAGACUCCAGUUCCACCCUGGCCCUGGACGACCCCCUGCCCUGCCUCAGCAGAAGCCAGUCCGACUCUGAGUUUGACAUCUACUUGUGAGGGGAGUCGUGUGAGCGGUGGUUGACCUUUGACCUUUGACCUCUGGGGGUUGAUCAUCUGCUGUGAAGGAGUUCAAAUCAAACACUACGACGCUGCUUCCGUUCGUCUCGUCGUCAACUUUGCUGCUAAUUUAUCGUCUUUGCUUUUCUUUUUCUUUUCGUGUGAAUGUUUCUCAGCGGCUGGAUCUCUGAGAAAAAACAAAACAAACAAAACAAAACUUUAAUGGAUCAAA